UACACUCGGAACCCAACCCAUAUAAGCGACUGUUCACGUGUGGAUAUCAUCUUUUUUCUUGAGCGAGCAUAACAUACGCACGUUUGUAUUCGUGUUGGGUUUUACAUUUAUUGUUUUAAGUCUAUACGUCUCUAGGACGAAGUCCAGAGAAAAAAUAAUAAAGUGACUUAACUGUUUGUAUUCUUACCAAGAACGCUGUUCUGGUCUUUUUACUUUUAGGUGUUUUUUCUAAUACCUGUUGUAAACAUGUGUUUUUGUCUUUAAAUAUGUCGGAUUUGGACGACAGAGACGAUGUCCUGUCGCUGGGGGGAAACAGUGACGAAGAGAUUUUUGAUAAUGAAACUGAAAAAAUGCAGACUAGGUCUGAUAAACAGUCACAGUGUAAAACACGUGGCAAUAAAAAGAGAAAGUCGGCCAUAGAGCCCUGUGUAAACACAACCAUCACCGUUAAACCGUCUAAACAAAGACGUAUCACGAAAAAAUCAACAGGAAAUGAUACCUGUUUAGACAUAAACGAAUUAAAAUCUGCAUUAGGAAUUGAUACUAUUUUGCAAUCAAUUUCUACUCUUUCCGAGUCUGUUAAGAAAAUGUCAGAUGUAAAUGUAGGUCAAAAUUGGCAAAGUAUGGCGUCCAAUACGGGACAUGAAACGGUUACUACUGGUCUUCCCAGUGCAACUGCAUCUAGACCUAUUUUAAGCUUAGAUCAAGGUGAAUCAAAUUUUUUUGACAAUGAAGAGACUUUGAAUGAUUUCAAUUUGAGCUAUUUAGAUGCUCCCCCUAGCCCUUCAUUGCCCGGAAUAGAUCCUCAAGUUGCUUUUCAAAAUGCUUUUGAGUCGGUUGAUAUUGAGAAACCUUUAGAUGAUGAUUCAUCAUGGAAUAUUCCACAGCUAAAUCCAGAUGACGUUACCGGCCCUAAAAUUGGGUCUGGUCUAGCCAAAGCAGUUAACGCUGCUCUCUCGUAAAAUCUUCAAAAGAAACCAUGAAUGAUAUUGGUAAAAAAUAUAAUAGACCAGAAAAUUGCACUUUGUUGAAAGUUCCACGGGUAAACAAGGAAAUAUGGGAUGUUCUCGGAAAACAAGCUCAUUCUUCUGAUUUGUCUUUUCAAGAGAUAUAGAAGUCUCUGGCCCAGGGUUUAGUACCUAUUGUCAAUUUAGCAGAUCAAUUUGCAAAUAAUAAAGAAAUCGACAAUCAAAAAACAAAAGCCAUGUUAUCUGAUUCAAUCAGUCUUCUUGGUUAUGGGUUUUACAAUUUGUCAAUGAAAAGACGACAUGAGAUCAGAAAUCACUUGAAUCCUAGGUACAGGAAGAUAUGUAGUUCUGAUGUCCCUAUUUCUGAAAAUCUGUUUGGUGAUAGUUGUAUGUCAAAGCUUAAAGACAUGGGUGACAUAAAUAAGUAUCCCCUUAGCUC